AUGCUGGAGCGUGCUAAAACUGUCCACAGAUUUGUGAACCAGUUGAGGUUAGGUUCGAAACACAAGCGGAGUUUUUGGAAGAAGUCAAGCCCCAACACCAAUGUCUCCGAAGCAAGUAUACAGACGACGGACAAGUCGUCUGCAAAUAUAUUGCUCACAGACGGCGUGGGCACUUCAAAUGAAGCGACCUCCAACACUUCGCAUCACGUUGAGUCUACAGAAUUAAGCUUUAUCAGUGUGGACCACGAUCUGGGCGAUCUCUCGGAGCAGUUUUAUCUCGUUCCUAGUCGCGAGCGGAACGUGCCGUCCAAAGAGCAGUCUGAGAGCUCGUCAACGUACUCAGACAGCUUCAAUUUCGAGUGGGUCAAUGAUAUCAUUAGCAUGUAUAUGACCUAUGACACCGAGGUGCCAAGAUGGGCUUUCGUUGAGGCCGACUACGACUACUACAGUAAUUUUUUGUAA